UUGGUGUCAUUUGUAGAAGGACGACUAGGUAUAUAAAUAAUUUACUCAAAAAUAAUUCAAAAUAUAAAUUCUAAUAAGCUCUUUUACUCUUACUUAGAAGAUUGUAUCGAGCACCGUUCCUUUCUAAAAAUAAAUUAAAUGUUAUGUUAAUAUAGCACUUCCAGAUGUGCAAAGAUAUAAAAUAGUUAUUUAAUGAUUCUUUGCUUUGUUCAAAAUUUUAAUAUUGGAUUUAUUUAGCUACACAUACGAAUACGAUGCAAGAAUAUAUCACAAGCGUUGGAAGAGACAGGUCCAGAUCACCCAUCAGUGCGGAGAAUGUAGGACACAGACAAGGCAAUAAUAUUCACGAUGGAAUGAAUAAUUCAGAUGUGGCAAGCUCAAAUAUAAACCCAUUGAUAAUGUCAAAUAUGUACACACAAGGAAAUAUGAUGAUGGCUGGUGGAUUAUACCCAAACAUGAUUAUGCCUGGAGCAAUAAUUGGAAGUGGAAUGAUGGCUCCAACUGGAAUGGAAAUUAUUUCUGGAACUAGUAUGGAACUAGUACAACAAAGUCCAAUAGAUAUGGCAGCAAUUGCAGGGCAACAAAUGACAGCAACAUCUAUGGCUCCAUCAAGCACCCCUGCAAUGGACAUGAGCAUGAUGGGCGGGAUGAUGAUGGAUCCUACAAUGAUGGCUAUUUAUCCUGGCAUUUCUACUGAAAUGGCUGUGCAGAGGAAUAAAGAAAUUGUACUAAAACAUUGCAAAUUGAUUCCCCCUGAUUCAGGCACACCACAACCUCCAAGAAGAGUUAAACCCCCUGGAUGCCGAACUAUCUUUGUUGGUGGUUUCCCUGACAAAGUCCGGGAAAGCACUGUGAAAGAAAUAUUUGAAAACUAUGGAAGAAUACAUACUUUAAGGCUGUCUAAAAAAAACUUUUGUCACAUCCGUUUUGAGAGGGAGAAUAGUGUGGAUGCAGCCAUGGCUAUAUCAGGCUACAGAAUUAAACUUACAACCAAAGAAAAAGAUGAUAUGGAGAGUGAAGAUAAUUCGAAUGCCACAGCUGGUUGGCUUCAUGUUGAUUAUGCAUUGAGUCGAGAUGAUCAAAAUGAGUACGAAAGACACCAAAGGCAGCUGAUCCGCGCCCAACAAGCACAAAUAGAGCAACUGAGUGCACAGCAAGAGAUAGCAAGUCGAAGCAUGAGUUACGACCGUUUAAGACGCUCACCUUCCCCAGUCAGAAUCCAACCCUUUUCAAAUGUCGCCAUGCUCCAGCUGGGUGAGAAGAUUAAGAAUGAAGAACAUUUUUCCAGUUCUGUUCCUACGCUUUUAGCAUGGCUGGAGCGAGGGGAAUGUUCUAAGAAAAAUUCAAAUCAGUUCUACUCCAUGAUCCAAGCAACAAACACGCAUAUUCGACGACUAUACAACGAGAAAAUGCAGGCUGAAGAAGAAUUGCAAGAAUCCAAGGAAAGAGUCAAGAAACAAAUUGAAUAUGUGAUUGAACAACUCGAACAGGUGGCGAAAGUCUUUAACGCGGCUACUCACCAACGUGUAUGGGAUCAUUUUACAAAGCCGCAAAGAAAGAAUAUCGAAACUUGGCAGAAAAUGACGCAGGAGUUCAAUUCAUUAAAGGAAGAAUUUAAUGAUAAGUUCUAUAAUGAUGACAGUGAAUCAAAUAGUGUUCACAACAAACACGUAGACUACAACAUGGAAGAACUACAAGAGUUGAGAAGAGAAAAUGAGAGUCUUCAAUUUCAAUUGGAGGCCUACAAAAAUGAAGUUGACGUCAUAAAAGCGGACGCAAGAAAGGAAUUGGACAAAUUGAAAAUACAACUUGCUGCGCAGCAAGCACUGCAGUUGGCACUGGAGAAAAAAAACCCUCCGUUGCCAUUGCCGAUAGAGAAACCCCCUCCACCGCCGCCGCUACCGGAUGAUCUAGAUGCAAAAGUGACUUUGAAAGAAAUCGUCGAACCCGGCUGCGGGGAAGCCAAACUCAUUGGUAUUAUGUCACCCUUCCUACAGGUACAUCCACAUGGUGCUAGUCUCGACUACGUGGUGUCUUACGUGAAAGCGAUUUUGCCCAACGUGACGCAGUCUACAAUACAUCACGUUUUAGAGAAACAUAACGAUGUAUUCAGACGUACCACAUCCGGGAUGGGUGCGAAUAUGGAGCAUAAAUGGACGUUCAUCGCGUUCAAUAACAAUGACAUUUCACAGCCAAGGUGAAUGAUGUAUUCAAGAGCGAACCACUCAACAUAUCAGUGACUUAAGUUUACCAGUAUUGCUUAAAACUUACUUAAUAAUACGUGAUCAGUAGUUACAAUAUAUAUAAAGAACAAUUUUUUUUAGAUCAAUGCUCAUUAGUUAAUUACUGUAAGAUGUUUGCUUUAAUUAUUUUUUAAGCAAUUAGGUUAUAUUGAUCAUACUCAGUAUUUAUUUAUAUCAUAGAAAUAAUAAUAUUGUACUUAUUUAUAUUAAUACAAAAUCAAUCUUUA